AAAAAUCUCAGAGAAGUGUUUCCAAAGAGCGCCUGGAAGGUACAUUAAAUGGCGCUAUGAGAACUCUCAUUAACAUCAAUAUCCGUUUAAUCAUCAUAACAAGCCAAUAUCUGCGUGAGAUAUUUUCACAUCCUACUUGGCAGCUCCUGACUCCGUGUAUUUCACCAUCGCAACUUCUUUGAGCUUGCUUAUCGCCUGAAUCAGGGUCUAGAUAAACUAAGGUCUUACUGAUGGUUUCUUGUAGGGAUCAUUAGGAUCACUUUAAUCGUUUGGUUUUUUUUUUUUUUAAUGUUCUUAGAUCAAUUCCACUUAAGGUUAUUAAGCUAAGGACAGCCAUCACAUUAAGUACAAAGCUUCUAGAACAGCCGUGUCACUGCUAGUCACCAAGAGGUGCUGACUGUGUGCCCCGCCAUAUCUGGGGGAAACCACAGUAGUUUGGGUGCUUGGAGAUGGUAAAUUUUUUAACUAGGCAGUUUUGUUUAGCCAGUACGGGGAAAAAAUGUCACGCCUCUAGCCAGACACCUCCUCAGGAAACUUCAGUCUCAGCUUCUCACGACAUGGCGUCUCAAAUGCAUGCAGAGGAAUCUCAUGGAGACUCCAAGCUUGAUGAAGCCAAGAAGGAUUUGCACCCACUUGACACUUCACGAUCUUCCGCCGUGGAUAUCCCGAAUACCCGAUCUAGAAGGAAGUCCAUCCUAGUUUCGUCGCCGAGAGAAAAUAAGCAUACGCGACGAAAGUCUGUUCAGAUAUCUCUGUCCCCUAUUGAUUGUCCAUCUAUACAAUCCAAAAGUUGGCAACCUGCCGACACACAGCUGGCUGAUGCACCUAACAGACGGAGGCGUGAUUCCCGUUCCCGCUCAAAGUCCGUCAAUCAAGUUCAGUCCAAUACCCUGCAUUUCCCGGAUCAGCGGUCUCAGUCCUUUCUCACUGUCAAUCUGGAUGCUGAUAAAUCAAGAAGACGCAGACGCAGUCGAAGUGGGAGUAAGAGCUUCCACAUGGAAGAUCAGGAAGAGGAAUCACCCGCGCUAAACUCGCUCCAAGAGAUGAUUUCAAGCUUAAAGCAAAUACCACCAUCGAAAGGAGGUUUGGACCACCAUAUUCAAUCAUCUCCUCAUUCAAACACAUCUCAAACACCACUGGAUUUUCUCCGAGUUGCAGAUCUCGACCAUGGUGAUAAUAUCAUCUCCAGGCACGUGUCCCAGUCGCCCACAUCACACGAGCCCAUCUUUCCAAACUCAAAAAGUUGGAAUUCAGUAGAUGAGGACUAUCGACACGGAAGCUUGAUGGGCACAUCGCAAGGCUCUAAUCAUUAUUUUCCACAACGUAUGAAUUCUUAUGGAUCUCAUGGUCGGAAAUGGAGUUACUCGUCCUAUUCAUCAAGUGUAUCGCGAGAAACUCCAAAUGAAAGACAUAGAACCCGCUCUGUAACCUCCAUACAAUCAAAUGAUACCAACGACCCGUCUAAGAGGAGAGCCAUUUUCCAACCUCACCUACCACACGAUGAAGUAUUACGCCAAUUGCAUGACCGACAAUUGUUUCGUGGUAUAUUAUUUGUGGAUGAAAGAGACUGCUCUGAUUCGUAUGUCAUUUGUGAGGAAUUGGAUGCCCACAUUUAUAUAUACGGCUCCAGAAAUCGUAAUCGUGCUUUGCAUGGCGAUGUUGUUGCCGUACGCCUAGUAGAUGUUGAUCUAACCUUGUCUGAAAAGCACUUUAAGAAUUCGAGAGAAGAUAGAAGCCGCUUUCAUCGAAAGUCAUCCACAUCUGGAUUAUCAUGGACCGAAAUCAAAGAAGAUAACUUUGAAAAUAGCGCAGGAAAGCCGCCGCCGAAAUAUAGUGGCAUUGUGGUGGCUAUUCUGGAAAGGGUUAACAAUGCGUCGCUGGCAGGAACAUUAGUACGACAACGCCCGACAGCCAUCAAGGAAUCCAUAGAUAGUACACCAUCCGACUCGUACCUGCAGUCUGAAAAUAAAGAAAGCUCAGCUGUCGUUUGGUUGAAACCACGAGACAAGAAACUGCCACUUGUUGCCAUCCCCAUCGACCAAGCGCCUGAAGGAUUUUUGCAGUACCAUGAGGAAUAUCAAAAGCGGUUAUUUGUCGCAACCUUUCGUAGAUGGCCGACAACGUCUUUGCAUCCUUUUGGUACCUUGGACAGAGAGAUAGGGCUAAUUGGCGAACUUACUUCAGAGGAAAAGGCUAUCCUCGCUGACAAUCAUGUCAUUAGUGAAGGUUUUUCAGAGCAAUGCCUCAAGACCUUACCUGCCAUCCCCUGGCCUAUACCACCCGCCGAGACUAAGGUCCGCCGCGAUGUCAAUGGCCCUGAAACCCGUGUAUUUACCUUGAACCGCGACUUUAAGCAUGGUAAAUGCGCCCUCUACUAAGUGACAAUGGAUGAUUCAAAAUGUUCUAAUAUCAAUUUGCAAAUAGCUGUCAUGGAUGUAGCGGUAUCCGUCACGAGAAUUAGCAAAGAUAUCUUCGAAAUUGGAGUACACGCUGCUGACGUUAGCUAUUUCGUCAGACCCAAGACAGCGGUUGACAAAGAAGCUCGAGACAGGGGAUUGCUGGU